GUGUGUGUAGGACUUACACACCAAAACAUAGCGGUGGACAGUAAGCAAUGGCUUUACACAGAAACAAGUCGGCGUUCUUAGUGUGUUUUCUAUGUUUUCACAUGGCUGUUUCACUAGAUUGGUUUGGAGCAAACAAUGUGUUCAAAUGUCACUGUGACCCUGGUUGUAAUCCUGAUGGUACUUGCCUUAGUUCUGGAAAAUGUGCCAGAGGCUGGUUUGGUUUAAAAUGUCAACAUCAAGAUCUGACAGUGCUGGAAAACACGAUGCUAUCACCAAAUAAUAAUGUACUGACAGACAGAGAUGAUAGCACAUGUUUGAGCGAUACGGAUCAAUCUAUAACAGUCACUUUUAACAGAACCUAUAUUUUUACAUGGCUGAGACUCACUGUCAAAGAUCCACGUACGUUGACUUUGUAUCAUGUGUUAAAAAAAAACAAUACAAAGGAAAUAAAUCUCAAAGUAUUGCCAUUUAUCUAAAAAAUAUCGGGGUUU